UCCCUCCGCUCGCGCCCCGGGUGCUGAGUCCGCGGGAGCCGCCAUUUUGGAUGCUGAUCCGUGGUUUCGGUGUCGGUCUCUGUUGUUUUCACGGCUGGACUCGGUCAGGAGGAACAGCACAACAUGCUGGGCUCUGGAUUUAAAGCUGAGCGCUUACGAGUCAAUUUGAGAUUAGUCAUAAAUCGUCUUAAACUAUUGGAGAAAAAAAAAACGGAACUGGCUCAGAAAGCAAGGAAGGAGAUUGCUGACUAUCUGGCUGCUGGAAAAGAUGAACGGGCUCGGAUCCGUGUGGAGCACAUUAUCCGUGAAGACUACCUCGUGGAGGCCAUGGAGAUCCUGGAGUUGUACUGUGACCUGCUGCUGGCUCGGUUUGGCCUCAUCCAGUCUAUGAAGGAGCUAGAUUCUGGUCUGGCUGAAUCUGUGUCUACACUAAUAUGGGCUGCUCCUCGACUCCAGUCUGAAGUGGCUGAGUUGAAAAUAGUUGCUGAUCAGCUCUGUGCCAAGUAUAGCAAGGAAUAUGGCAAGUUAUGUAGGACCAAUCAAAUUGGAACUGUCAAUGACAGGCUAAUGCACAAACUGAGUGUGGAAGCCCCACCCAAAAUCCUGGUGGAGAGGUAUCUAAUUGAAAUUGCCAAGAAUUACAACGUACCCUAUGAGCCUGACUCUGUGGUCAUGGCAGAAGCUCCUGCUGGGGUAGAGACAGAUCUUAUUGAUGUUGGAUUCACAGAUGAUGUGAAGAAAGGUGGCCAUGGAAGAGGAGGAGGAGGGGGCGGGUUCACAGCACCGGUUGGCGGGCCUGAUGGAACAGUGCCAAUGCCCAUGCCUAUGCCCAUGCCCAUGCCAUCCCCGAAUACACCUUUCUCAUAUCCACUGCCAAAGGGACCAUCAGAUUUCAAUGGAUUGCCAGUGGGGACUUACCAGGCCUUUCCCAAUAUUCAUCCACCUCAGAUACCAGCAACUCCCCCAUCGUAUGAAUCUGUUGAUGACAUUAAUGCUGAUAAGAAUGUUUCUUCUGCACAGAUUGUUGGUCCUGGACCCAAGCCAGAAGCCUCUGCAAAGCCCCCUUCCCGACCUGUGGAUAACUACGACAACUUUGUACUGCCAGAGUUGCCAUCUGUGCCAGACACACUACCAACCGCAUCUGCUGGUGCCAGCACCUCAGCAUCGGAAGACAUUGACUUUGAUGAUCUUUCCCGGAGGUUUGAAGAGCUGAAAAAGAAAACAUAGGCCUCUUAAACCAGGCAGCUUCCAAGUUCUGGGAGUUGAGACUGAGCAGUUUUUCAUGUAACAAAGAAUCUCCAUGAAAUUCCGUUUCAUCUAUUAACCAUCACUGAGCACACUUCCUUGGGGCUCUCUUCCUGUUUCUCCAGAUUCUGCUGCUUUCCAGUUCUCUAUUGAUCCUAAGAGACUAACAACCAGAGACUCUGUGGCCAGAGCGGCUGGCUCCAGGCAGCUGUGCUUGUCCAUUUCCUGUCAGCGUGAUCCUAGGUUCUCUCCUGGUCUCUCCACAGGAGAGCGGUAAGAUGAACGCCUUGUGGGGAGAGCUGUCAGAGAUGGCUGAACAGUUGAGGAGAGCACCCCAUGAAGCCUUUCAGCCUUGUGUUGGGGUUCUAGACUUAAAAACAAACCCUUCUCUGUACAGGGGGAUUGAGGUGAGAGAAUCAAGGCCCUGGUGUGUGUUUUCUCAUGCUCUAAUAUGAAUGGGGAAGAAAGAGAGAGAAAAUGACUCAGGAGGCCAGUGUUGUAACGGUUACUGGAAGCUGGGCCCUCUCAUUGGCAUAUACACUACUCUUCGCUGCAGGGCACUGUUUGACCUGGAUCCAGUUGCAAAGUUUGGAAAGUUGAAGGCCUCUCUUAGUUCUGCUGGAUUCUCAGGGAGCCCUCUGUGGCCUUUUGCUUUAUUUUGAGUGCUGUGUUUCCCUUUUACAAGAGGGCAGCACUGUAGAAAUUUCUGUUUUCCACAUGGCAUGUUCUGUUGGAUUGCAUUACUGGCAGAAGGAGGACAGGCCACAUGCUGGGCAGAAGAUGCCAUUCAAGCCUAGGGUGGGCUUCCAGCUGCCUUAAUAGAAGUACUCAAGUCUCUUGGGUAGUGAGCUGGAAAGCCUACAGGAGAAGAGGAGGACCUGUUUUCAUUUGAAAACUUUAUGAUUGGUGGAAUCUUUAAAAACUGAUCUCAGAUAAACUUUUGGUGCCCAUGUGGCUGUAAUUCAUGGCUUUCUGGAAGGGAUGAGGCUCUUACUGUUGUAACUCACAUGCUCCUGUGCCCCAUAGCUAAAGCCAUCCUUCUUCACAGGGAUGGUUUUGGGAUCAAAAGCUAAAAACUUUUGUUUCUGUGUAACGUACCUGUACGAACCUGUUUCAACCAAUUUUAGUGUUUUUGAUUGGGUUGUAUCUCAUGGCCCAGUAAUUGCUAAUAAAGUUAGAAGAUCCUGUAUCCUCA